AUGACUGACGUUCCUCUUCCUGAAUGCCUUCCAAAGCCAGAAGAACCGACAGCCCCAGCACCACAACAGACUAAGACUAAAACACUUACAUUUUUCAAGCUUGACUUUUUACAAUUUGAACUUUGUUUGCGUAGAUAUGAAUUCUGA